CUAUUAUAACACUGUCACUAUGGUAACAAAGGUUUUUCUUCCCUCCUACGUCACUACCGGCAUUAUUUGGGACGCCAGGAAGAGCAGAGUGUGCGCUGCUCGAUGAAUGAAACGGAACGGCCAACUUCACGGAUUCAUUCAACUUUCAGAUGCUAGUUGACAGUGUUUGACACGCAUUACGUGCUAGCUCGCUCUGCCAGGUGGACGUGUGCAUGUGUUUUACUGUAGCUGGACAUAUUUUUGCUUAAAAGUGUGUGCACUCGUCUGUGCGCGUGCAUACCUAACUCCAGCUGCAGCCGAGUGUGUUUGUGUGUGUGAGCCAUGUCAGUGUCAGUGAUCAUCAAGUGGGGAGGUCAGGAGUACUCCAUCAGUUCCCUGUCCGAGGAGGACACAGUGAUGGACCUGAAGCAGUCCAUUAAGACCUUGACUGGCGUGCUGCCAGAGAGACAGAAACUACUGGGACUCAAGGUUAAAGGUAAACCUGCAGAGGAUGAGGUGAAGCUGGGCUCUUUGAAGCUGAAGCCCAACACUAAGAUCAUGAUGAUGGGUACCAGAGAGGAGAGCCUGGAAGAGGUUUUAGCCCCUCCCCCAGAGAACGAUGAUGUGGUCAAUGAUUUUGACAUUGAGGAGGAGGUCAUUGAAGUGGAGAACAGAGAGGAGAAUCUGGCAAAGAUCGCCCGCAGAGUGAAAGACUAUAAGGUCGAGGAGAUGAAUCCUCCCAGAGAAGGCAAAGGGCUUCUGGUACUGGAUGUGGACUACACACUGUUCGAUCAUAAGUCGUGUGCGGAAACGGGUCAGGAGCUGAUGAGACCAUACCUUCACGAGUUUCUGACAUCAGCCUACGAGGACUAUGACAUUGUCAUCUGGUCUGCUACAAGUAUGAAGUGGAUUGAUGCCAAAAUGAAAGAGCUGGGGGUGACGGACAACCCUAACUACAAAAUUACGUUUAUGUUGGACAGUGCAGCAAUGAUUACGGUACAUACCCCGAAGAGAGGAGUUGUGGAGGUGAAGCCCCUGGGAGUGAUAUGGGGGAAGUACGAAGAACUUUACAACAGGAGGAACACCAUUAUGUUUGACGACAUAGGACGAAACUUCCUCAUGAACCCACAGAACGGACUAAAGAUCCGACCCUUCAUGAAGGCCCAUCUUAACAGAGAGAAGGACAGGGAACUCUAUAAACUGGCACAGUACCUCAAAGAAAUCGCCAAGCUUGAUGACUUCAGUGGACUCAACCACAAACACUGGGAGAGGUACCUAUCUAAGAGGCAGCAUCACUGAGGAGGGACUGCAUCCUCGGCAAAGACUCGGGCUGGACGUUACUAUCCCAUCAUCCAGUUCUCACACACACAAACUUGGCUAUUACAAGCCACUUAUUACAAACCUUAAAACAAAUCCUACACUGAAGCUGCAGACGCCAACUCUCAAAAGCUCAGGACUGAGAUGGGCUUCCCAAUUUAUAUCGUAGCAUGUUCUCUCACACAUUUAUUUGCAUUCAUUACAAUAGUAACAGCAGUUACCACCCGUUUGUGUGGUAAUCAUUAGGGAUGCACCGAUACCGAUAUCGGGCUGAUACUGACUCAAAUAGUUGGAUUGGGCCAAUCUAUUAGGUUCAGCUCUGUAUUUAUAUACUCUAUAUAUUACAUACUGGUUAUUCCUGUUUAAGUUUUGACCAAUGUGUUGCUGCAUUUAAAAGGUUUACACUUGAAUUACAAUUCCUGUUAUGUUUGAAGAUUUUUUUACUGAGUUCUGGUGUACAAUUUAUUAUUUUGAUAAUAAAUAACAAGUCAUUAAAUGUACAUCUAUGUAUUCAAUGUUUAAGUUAAGCCUAAUGUUGCCUUACACAUAACAUAAUGAGCCUGGUUUCUUCCACACAGUGGGGCUCACAGUUUAAUAAUUAAACAGUGGUAUUGGAACAGUACUCGGUAUCAGCCGAUGGCCAACAUCCAGGUGUCGGUAUUAGGACUAAAGAAUUCGGAUCGUUGCAUCCCUAGUAAUCGUGAACUAGCCCUAGGUUUGAGGCUACAUGCCACGACCCACACACUUCUACAAACCUUCGUCAGUCGGGUGUCGAAUAUGCAUCUCGUUAAAUGGCACCUGAAAAUAUUUGAGAUCUCUUAAUCCCGGGUUUGUAGCACUCUCACCUCCAUAGAAAGUGUGAAGUUGCUUGUCUUUCACUAAAAAGUAGGCCUACUUUGCUUUGACUAUCAAGCCCCUCUGCUAUACCAUGCAAGUAAAAACGGAUACAAAUAUCAUGGUUACGGUCAAUACAUUUCCCCCACCCCUGUACGACGUUGAGAUGUUGCCUAUUGCAUAUACUGAAGAGAUUGAGAUUAACCAUCAAAAAGCCAGUAUUCUUAAUUGUCUAGAUGUAUGAGAAAGACAUUAAAAAAGAUUUCAUGUCAAAUUGAACAGUGAAGAAUAAGUUGAACUAAUUUAACAUAUAUGAGUUUUACUGGAGUACUUAUUGCUUAAUUGUUAAUUUGGUGCAAAGCGUGUUGAAGAAUUAAAGUAGAAAAUUGGAAAGCUAAAUCUAAGUCCAUGAGCAUCAUACUGAUGAUGGCUGCAACCUGCGCAGUUUGACAUGUAAGAAUAUGCAAUUAUCUUCAAAGCUACUGUGACAUUAACAGCCGAGUUGAGAUGGAGACAGGUUGAAGUGAAAAUUCUUUCACAUCGCACAAAACGUGCAUUAUCUGUUUGGUUUUGGUUUUGGUAGCUGCUUCAUUAUUGAAAUGAGUGUGUGAAAUGAGGGGAUGUGUCGGGAAGACGGGAAGACCUUAUGAGCACCCAAAGCUCUUGGAAACAUCAGGGCUGUGAUUCUUUUGUUCUUCUUCUUUAUUUUGUCGGAUUCACAGCUCUCUUGGACAUUCAACUCCUUUUCAUUUCCUGAGAUCUGCCUUUUUGUGUUUCCCUCAUCACAUCCCUGACAUCCUGGCUGUAAAUAUGACAAUAAACCUUUUUUUGUACCUAAA